UAAUAAUUAAACUAGUUUCACUAAAAAUUUAACAAUGGAGCAGAGCAAAUCUGCUUCGGACAAACUGGCAGAACGCAAGGCGCGUCUGCUCGAUCUGCACAAGAAACGGCAGGAAGCCCGCACAGACAAUCAUCAGGAAGUUGUGGCGGAGGACGCCCGUAAAAAACUGCCCAAAAACUGGGAAGCUCGUAAACGCCAAGCAGAAUGGCUUCUGGCAGAUGACAAGGCUCGGGAAGAUGCCCAAGCCGCCGGCAAGGACUAUGAGCGCCUGAAGCUGUUGGAGGUGUCCGCCAUCGAUGCCGAACGCAUCGAAAAGAAGAAAAAACGCAAGGACAACCCCGACCUAGGCUUCUCCACGUAUGAGGCACAAACAGCAAGGCAAUACAGCCGCCUGGUCAAAGGUAUGCCCGCACGAGACAUGGAAAAGUAUGAGAAACAAAAGGCCGAGCUCGGAGAGGCCUUCUACGGAGGUCCACACACAACAUUGCAUGCCCUGACAAAAGACACUCCUGCAGCCAUCAACAAAAUGGUCAACGAUCUGGACCAGCAAAUAGAACGCAGAAAGAAGUACUCGAGAAGGCGCAUAUACAACGACGACGCUGAUGUGGACUUCAUCAACGAGCGCAACUCCAAGUUCAACAAGAAGCUGGACCGUUUCUAUGGCGAGCACACUGCAGAGAUCAAGCAAAAUCUGGAGCGUGGCACAGCUAUAUAGGCUUAAGGCAGCAAUCCACUCUACAAUCUUAGUUUUAAUUCCAGAUAUCUGGAAAUAAUUAUAAUUAUUUGAAAAUCCGAAUUAUUUGUAAUCAUAACUGUAUCAUUGAAUCUACACAUCUGCUACAUAUUAA